UCGUGCUUUUGAACAGAAAUCAGCUAAGCAAAGCCAAUUUGCAUAUAUUGUAUAAACAAGAGUACCCUUUUAUACAGAAUAAACAAAACUGGAAGGAAAAUUCCAACUUUCCUUGCCAUUUGUGGUGCUCCAUUUCACUUCCAAGAUGCUCCCUUUCACCUGCAUUCUCUGGAUAUGCAUCUUGGCUUCAAUUCCUUCAUUUUCAAGAGCUGCCUUCAAUCUCACCCUCCCUCAUCAGCACCCUGACCCUGAAUCUGUUGCUCUUGAUGUUCAAUGGAGCUUAAAUGCAUCCUUAUCUAGAAAACGAGCCUUGUCCGUACACGAAAAAGACCAAUGCCAGACCGGAAACCCCAUCGACGAUUGCUGGAGAUGCGACCCAGAUUGGUACAACAACCGCCAACGCUUAGCCGACUGCUCCAUCGGCUUCGCCCGAGGCACGCUCGGCGGGAAAGACGGUCGGAUCUACACCGUCACCGACUCGUCCGAUCACGACACCGUUAACCCCAAACCGGGCACGCUCCGGCACGCCGUCAUCCAAGACGAGCCGCUUUGGAUCGUUUUCUCGACCAACAUGGUCAUCAAGCUGAAACACGAGCUCAUCUUCAACUCUUACAAGACCAUCGAUGGUCGGGGCGCCAAUGUUCAUAUAACCGGGAACGGGUGUUUGACGUUGCAGUAUGUUUCGCAUGUCAUCAUACAUAACAUCCAUGUCCACCAUUGUAGGCCUUCGGGGAACACCGACAUCUCUUCGUCGCCGACGCAUGUGGGGCGGAGAGGUAGAUCGGACGGCGAUGGGAUCUCAAUUUUCGGGUCUCAGAAAAUCUGGGUGGAUCAUUGCUCGUUGAGUUACUGCACCGAUGGAUUGGUUGAUGCUGUUAUGGGUUCCACUGGGAUUACCAUUAGCAAUAGCUAUUUUUCUCAUCAUGAUGAAGUUAUGCUCUUGGGACAUGAUGACAGGUAUUUGCCAGAUUCAGGGAUGCAAGUGACGAUAGCUUUCAAUGUGUUCGGAGAAGCACUGGUGCAAAGAAUGCCGAGGUGUAGGAGAGGGUAUAUACACGUGGUCAACAAUGAUUUCACAUCAUGGAAAAUGUAUGCCAUCGGCGGUAGCGGUAAUCCCACCAUCAACAGCCAAGGGAAUCGUUACACUGCGCCGGGGGACGCCAGUGCUAAAGAGGUGACGAAGCGAGUGGAUACAGACGAGGACUGGGCAGACUGGAACUGGAGAACAGAUGGGGACAUAAUGGUAAAUGGAGCGUACUUUGUGCCGUCUGGUGCUGGCAAAAUGACUCAGUACAUUAAAGCUUCCAGUGUGGACCCUAAAUCGGCCGUCCUCGUUGAACAGCUCACUUCAAAGGCUGGCGUUUUUGGUGAAUCCAGGGAAGAGACUGGGAGCUUUUCUUCUCCGGGGUACUCCGGCACAACCAACACUGGCAAUGGCGGGUCCGACAGUGAUGGCAACUUCUUCGGAAUGAUAUUCGGGAGUGGAGCACCACCGCCCCCACCAUCCCGAUCAAUGGUUUCAAUGUUUUGGUCUUUUCUAAUUAUUCUGUUAUUGCAUUCGAUCACCAACCAAGGUGCUCUGCCAUUAUUAUUAUUGUAGUAUAAAUUCACACUAGAAAAGGAAUCAAUGAUUAUUAAGAUAAGAAAUGAAAGAAAA